CGCAGAACAUAAGUGUCAUGGCGGUUCAGGUGAAAUUUGCGUGGUUUCGCAACGCGUAGUUAUCUUAAUUUGUUCAUACCAGCUACAUUGCAUGCAUCCAAUGUCUGACACGAAAAAUAUGCGAUAAGACAACUACUAUCCAUGGUACUGAGGGUGGCACAACAUUCGAAAGAAGGACAUGCUAGAGGGUCUGGCAGCCUGGGUAUUGAAUACCUAUGUCGGUGAAUACGUCGAGAACCUCAACACUCACCAAUUAUCCAUUGGUUUGCUCCGAGGUCAAGUGGAGCUCGAGAACCUGCCGUUGAAGAAGGAUGCGUUCCGCCAGCUGCUGCUGCCGUUUGAAAUAAAAGCAGGCUUCAUUGGAAAAAUUAGCCUCACGAUUCCUGUAACGAGGCUAAGGAGUGAACCAUGGGUGAUCAACGUGGAAAGGCUGUACGUCGUUGUGGGACCUGUUUCUUUGAAUGAGUACGAUGAGGAUCACGAAGAGCAAGUGCUUCAGAAUGCCAAGCUCUCCAAGCUGGAUGCUAUGGAGGCCAAGUGGAAGGCGGACAACGAAUCCAAACAGGAGCCUUCCUAUUAUGCAUACUCGUAUGCCUCCUGGCUAACGUACGGCACAUCUGUGAUGACGAACAUCGUUAAAAACCUACAGCUUAAAAUCAAAGAUGUUCACCUGAGGUAUGAAGACAGCUACACAGAUCCACAGCAUCCUUUUGCUUGUGGCUUAACGAUACAGAGCCUAUCCUCGCUGGGUGAUAACAUCAAAGAGAUGCAAGAAGGCAGCAGCAAAGAUAUGACAUGUCAAUCCCUCCAGCUGAAUGGUUGUGCCGUUUACUGCGAUUCGGAUGCCACAAUGCUAGGAGGCCUGAACAUUAUGGAUAUGGCUGCUGCUAUGCAAAGUCAUCAAAACUGCUACGCAACAACUUCGGGAGCUAUUAAGCCUCACUCGUACCUGCUGUCCAACAUAACUGCACAGACACAGAUUUCCAGAAACUGUUCAGAGAAGCCUUUACGAUCGAGGAACAAACCCAGGAUUCUGUGCAAUCUCCAAGUCGACAAGUUUGCACUUACAUUGAAUGAAGUGCAAUACAAAGUGAUGGUGCUGUGUGCACGAGAAUUGGAGAGGAUAAACGUGUGCUGGAAAUUUCGAAAGUGGAGACCGUCUGUGCCAGUAACCGGCAAUGCGAGACAUUGGUGGCAGUUCGCCGUAGACUCGUGCACGAGCCACAUCAGGCAGAGGCAGAAGCAAACGACAUGGGAAUUUGCAUCCUGCAGAGCAAAGCAGCUGAAAGCCUACGUCGACAUCUACUUCACACAUCUCACGAAACCGGAAAGUCUCACCACGGAAAACCAGAAAGAAAAAGAUCACUUGGAGCAUCAGCUCAACUUUGAGACACUGCUUGCACUCAGGGAGUUAGUGAUACAGAGAGUCAGGAAGGAACAGGCAUUGUGGGCACCUGCAUCGCACGGUCAGGGCCUUCUGCGUUACUGGUUUCCUGGCUGGACUGGUUGGACUACAGCUAGUCGUGAAGCAUCGGUGCAGAGCUCAGGCACGCCGGACAGCUGUUCAUCAGAAGCUGAUGAUGACUCUUUCAUCAGUUCAACUCUGACUAGUCAGAUUGAGGAGGAAAUCUUGGGUGUGCUGGAAAGUGUGAACGAAGACACGUUCCUCAAGCGUGACACCGUACUGGCCAGGGUCAACUUCUCUCUUGGACAGUGCACGCUCACCCUGGUUGGGCAGCCUUCCAUUCAGACGGCCCUGUCGGAGCAGAAUGGUACCAUGAAGCCACUUAUGGAGCUGCGCUUUGCCGACAUGAAGGUUGACGUCGAGACUCGGCCAAGGCUGAGCUCCCUGCUGUUUGAGCUCAGACUUGGUGCCAUGUACCUGCAGGACUGCAGCACAGCCGACACUGCGUAUCCGUACAUCAUUUCUCCCCACACUGUGGAGCCACUGUUCAGACCACUUCAGUCUAUGCCAACAGAUACGUACAAAUCCUCGUUCCUAAAGUUCGCACCAUUUUCAUCAUCUAGUGGCCUUCCCAACAUUCCUCUAAUUCCUCUGGAAAAGUUUGAGACUUCAUCUACUCCACUUUUUGAACUGAUCUAUGAGAAGAAACCCUUUGGCUCAAUUGCUGAUCACAGGCUCGUGGUGAACACUCAGUCCCUGGAUGUCGUCUACAGUGCAUCAACGAUACGCUCCAUCAAGCAGUUCUUCACUCUCUACAACCACUGUGAUAUGCCUUUCGGCUAUUCUGCCUCCGGACUCAACCUGUCGGCGGCUGCACGAUCAAAGUACGAGAAAUUCAAACAGCACACCAAAGAAGAAAUCCGUCACAAGUGGGACCUCAUGCUUGAGGGAGAGCACAGAGUGCUUGAGACGAAGAGGUGGGACAUCCACAUGGACAUAUCCGCUCCACAAAUCAUUGUGCCUGAAAAUUUUACAGAGAAGCUGGCCACUGUUGUGCUGCUUGACCUGGGACGUUUGCAGUUCUCCAACUCCGCUCCCAGGACCGUUUCCUGCAGUAGUGGAAAGGCUGAUGGCGAUGACGUUUCGGACGAUGAAGAAGACUUUAAGACACCGUGCUCUUCACCACCAAACGAGGCUGAUAUCACAACUAACGAAGCUAAGACGGAAGAUGCAGCUUUGACGUCUCUGAAAAGCUGCAGCAUCAUAGGGGAUACUUUUGUGGUCACAUCCUCACCUCCGUCUUCGAUUUCCGAGAUGAACAUGAGGGACCACAUGUACGAGAGGUACACGUUGAACCUUCAAGACAUGCAAGUGUUGAUAGGGAACAGCAAGGACAGCUGGAAAUUUGCGCAGUUGCGAGGCACAAGUCCCAUGCAUGUCAUGGACAGGUUCUCAAUAUCGAUUCAAAUGGAGAGGCGCCUUGUGGCGACGGAUGAUCCCCAGUGGCCAAGUGUUACUCUCUCUGGCAAGCUUCCGAAGCUAACUGUGCAUGUAAAUGAGCAAAAGGUGCAAGCUGUUCAGAUGUGCAUAACAAAACUGAAAGAAAGCACUUCUUCUCAUCCGAGGAGACGAGCGCAUCAUGUACCCCCUGCUCCUGACGAAGCGCUCAAGGAUAAUGUUUUCAGGAGUGACAGUUCUGUGGAAAGUGGUGCAAAGGAGAUUCACGAGCAUUCCCUGCUGCUCCUCAUGCAGUUCUGCAUUGAAAAGAUGUCUCUCGAGGUGCAGAGUCGAGGCAGGUGCAUUGCAGAACUGCAAGUGACAGGUGCUCAGGCGACAUUCUCAAAGCGCCCUCUGGACUGUUCACUCACACUGUGUGUUCACGGUCUCCUGCUCGUCGAUGCGCUUCAGACAUAUGGCCCUGACUUUGAGCUUCUUGUGGCAUCUCACAAACAUGUCAGCAUGGACAGUCGGAGCGGCAGUCUUCGUGACAGCGACCCCAAUUCUCCGACCUCGCCGUCGAGCCCACCUGUGCAUGCCCACACCCCACCACUUGUACAGGCUGUGAAUAUUCCAAAUGUGCUUUCUGCAGUGCUUUCUACACUUCAUGCAUCUCCUCCUAAAGUCUUGAUGGACCAACAGCCUUCCCCAAUGGUCGAAAGUCAGGAUGUUGAUGCGUUGAUCACUGUUGAGAUCACCAUAGUCAACACCCCGAGCGCAGAUUCAACCUGCAGCGCAGAGCAAGAACAGAUGCUUUUGGCUAGCGUGCAGUUCAACAAUUUGGAUGUAAUAGCAAAUCAAGAAACAAUAGUGGAGCUUGUGAGCUUCGUUCAGUGCCUGCAGACCAAAGCGACUCCUACACACCAAGUGAAUGUGCCUUCAGGCUAUGCUUCUUCCGCAUCACUUCCACAAAUGGCGGAUGCGUUUCCAGCUGAGACUGCUGGUACACCUAGGCAUCUCACCUCCAUAGAGCUCACAUUUGACUUUCAUCAUUUCAACGUCCUCCUUUUGAGGGCCGUCAACAGGAAGGGCAGUGUAUCCGGCCAGAAGGUUGCCACGGCAACCAUGAGCAGUGCCAAGAUACAGGCGUCAGUAGGCUCCUCCCUCAAGAUUCAUGGAACACUGGGAGGUCUUCAAGUGUGUGACUUGACCUCUGACAAGACAGUUCACAGACGAAUCAUGAGUGUGGGAGAUGACCCCCACAUCCUGCUGGAAGCUCCAAAUUCACUGAGCAAGCUGCACACGGACCUGUACAAGCAAAGGGUUCACGGCAGUGAGGAUGCGGGGAGUCGGAAGGCGCUGUCGUUUACUGUGACACGCUCAGGGCGAGGUGACGGCUUAGAUGAACCUUCCGAGACUAACAGCUGGGAAAGCACGGAGAAGCUCGAAGUUGUGGUGCGCAUGGCUUCCGUCUGCUACGUGCAUUCUCCGCGUCUCCUCCAAGAACUGGCAUCCUGCGCGGCAGAAUUCAAAGGAUGCAUAUCCGCUCUGGCCACCUCGAUAAAGAAUGCGGCGACUGAAGUUGCUCUGGGUAUCGUGACGCUCCCAGCGCAGUCUGUGGCCGCGUCGUUUCACGUCAGCGUCUCGGACGGUUCGCCGUGUUCAGCAGCGGACCCUGGUAGAGACGCACCCGCGGAUGACACUCCGAAGUUUGGCGGGUUGCUACCUCUUGACGUGAGGCUGGAUAUAUUGCUGCAGACACCCGUCAUUGUUCUGCCAUGCAGCACCUCCAGCCCAGACGUCCUGGUGGCACAUUUAGGACGCAUAUCUGUGCAGAACACAAACUCCUCCGUGCUGCAAUCACCCAAUUUCAUUUUGGGCUCCUGUGAUCCCUUCAGAGCAGACCACUUCUUUGUGCAGUUCAAGGAUGUCAACCUGUACUCCCUGGAUAUAGAAGAGAAUCUUAAGAGUGUGCUUCAACUGGGAAAAACGGUUCACGCUUCACCAGAUUUUUUGUCCGUAGCAGAACUGUACCAGUGCUCCACGAAUGGACACCUGAUUUUGCACGAUACAGUAAUUGAGUUCAGCGUCAUGUACAAACGGUUGAUGGGGGUCGAUAACUUCGGAUGGUUCUACGAAUCUGUGCCGUGCGAACCUGAAGCCUCGUUGCAUCCUGUCGUCGAGAUAACGGGCACGGUUAUCAACGACCUUAAAGUGGUCUUAACGAAAAAGCAGUAUCAAUUGAUGCUGCUAUCCUUGGCCAACCUUUCCCACGAUGAUGCUUCAGAAGAUGGAAUCUCUGAAGCAGUGUCGCACCUUGCAGCCCAUAAAGAGGAACCAGUUUAUAUCAACACCCAGCCGCACGGCUCAAGUGCCUGCUCUAAAAGCUGCGACUCGCGCAAGCCCAAGUUCGUUUGCUGCCGAGCAAAUUUCACCCUUCCUGCCUUCUUAGUCCAUCUAUGUGGUGACCUCUGUGAGGCCGAACAGGACCUUGUAAUGCUAUCGUUCCAGGAGCUCUCCGUGCACUAUGAAAAAGACAGCCCGUACGAAACGAGCAUCCAGGUAGCACUGCGAGGGCUGCUCAUGGAAGACCUCCUGGAAGUGCCCGAUUCGGACCAUCGAUAUUUAAUAAGAUCAUCGAACCUGAACACCGUUGAAGCUGCUGCUGCAGCGCCUCCUAGAGCCGACUUCAUAUCUGUUUCCUGUCCCGACAUGACACACCACGUCCCUCUAGUUCCUAACCACCCAUCACUGCCUGACCACUUGUGUACUGAAAAUGUCUUCAAGGCCCACUUGAAAAGAAAUAGACCCAAAGACUACCCCAGGCGGUCCUCUGUCCUGCAGAGGAGCAACUCUGCAACCUGUCCUUUCACACCUCCUCCCUCCCCUUCUGGACGAGCUUCUCCGCCAGCCCAGGAAGACUCCCUUAUGCACCUCAGUGUGCUCCUAAUAGACAAGCGGUCACCUUACUUCGUGUCGAAACACAACCAGACUCACAGUAUGAUUCAGGUUAACUUCAACUGUUUGGAAGUGACAAUCAAUUCCCAGACCUGGGUUAUGGUCCUGGAUUUUCUCGGAGUCAGCUGCGAGGGCCCGGCCGUGCAGAAAUCUGUGGCUCGUCGAUCAAAUUCGAUGAUGCUGAAGGAGGAUCCCAAUGCUGCACACGGUAAAACUUUGGAAACAAGAAACACAGAACUUGACGUGAGCAUAUGCAACCUCACAGUCACACUCAACAAGCCCGUAUAUCAACUUGCAAGAUCUACCAUCAGCAAUUUUGCUAUGCACACGUCGUUUCGAGAUGGCAAUGCAGCCGCUCGAGCCAGCCUAGAGAAGAUCUCGGUGUUGGACUUGUCACCGUAUGGAGAGCUUUACAGAGAGCGCUUUGUAACCACCGGAAAAGAGGCCCUGCACUUCGACAUUUUCAGGUAUGGCGAGCCUGAUCCAGAGCUGAAGCGUGAAUUUGACAUCAAAGUGAAGUGUGAGAUGUCCUCCGUGCAACUGGUCUACACCCAUCGCUUCAUUCUCGAGACGAUGGAGUUUUUCGCUGACUUCACUGAGCUACAGAUGCUACUAGCGAACUUGAGAGCAGCCACCAAAGGGAAUGAGGUCAACGUGGCAGCCGGCAGAGCUCCCAGAGUAAAGUUGGAAGUCACUGCGGGUACUCCCGUAAUAGUGGUACCUCAGGCGUAUAACAGUCAUGAUGUCCUUGCUGCAAACCUCGGGAACCUCACUGUCUGCACCUCGUUUUGCUUCGUCGGUGAUGAGGGUACCGUGAGCUCUCUGCAGAAACAACACUCUUGCACAGCAAGCCCAACAUCUCCCAAUGGCAAUGAUAUCAGAGACGUAAAUUUGAUUUCACUUUCUGACGAAGAAGUCGAUGCGCCCUGCCUGCUUCAAGUUAUGAACAUCACGCUGGUUGACAUGGACCUAUACUCAGGAACACACAUCUCGGGCAAAGUCAGACGUCCUUCCUCCGGCCGUGCUAGUGGCCUGCUGUUUUCGUCGUGCCACAUAGAAAAGAAUGAUGGUGCCCUGCUCCAGCAAACAUUCAUGCUAAAAUUACAAGCGGAAAAGAAUUUGGACUCCUCCACGAACCAUGCAGUUCCCGAUUGGACGGUGCAGGGAAGCUUUUCUUCCGUGCACUUCACCAUCGACCGUCAACAGGGCCAGCUUAUUCAGGGAAUACUGAGGCACAAUCUUGGAGAGCAGGUGGAAGGCUCCUCCCCUUCAAGUUUUUCUCUCGUAGAGACACCUGCAGAACGAGCCUCCCUUGCCGAUCGGACGUGGACCACCUUGGCAAUGUACAUGGACUUGGUAAAUGUCUCGUUGGAGCUGGUGCACUCACGGCCAAAGCUGCUCUGCGCCAACGUAGAGCGUUCGUUAGCCAAGGUAGACCUCAUCAAGUCACGCCUGUCUGUGGAAAAAUACUCUGACCAUACGAGUGAUGUGGACUUGGUCUCUCACGAGAUUCGUGUGUCGGACACCCGCUACAGGGAUGCGCCAGCCAAUGACAGGCCGAAUGUUUUCACCAGUAUCCUUCAGCCAACAAGACACGCCUCUGAAAAAAAGGUGCUGCAAGUGGAGUUUCACUACAGGGUUGCUCGCAACUUGGCACGCUUCACGGUGCUUCUCAACAACAUGCGAGUCAUGGCAAUUUUUGACUGGAUCAAAGAAGUGUCAGACUUUUUGGCAUUCACUUCGGACCUUCCGUCACUCCCUAGUGCAGCCUCAAUGCCACAGCAUUCUCUCCGCAGCCAGCACGACUUGCCCUUCAAGAGGGACCUUCCACAAAAUAAGGAAUGUGCACAGCUUCCACUGGAACUGAAACUGAAUCUGACAGAUACUGAGAUUGUGGUUGUGGACAAUACUGCUGCUUGGGACACAAAUGCUGUCAUUUUAAAAUCCACUGCUGUGCUCAGUUACUCAAAGAAUCUAAGUGAACGGCCAUUGUCAUGCAACCUGCAAAACAUGGAAGUGUUCUCCUGCAUUCUUGGGGUGGAGGAAGAUACUGCAUUGUCCAUAGUUGACCCCGUCACAGUUUACAUCGAUGUCAUUGAGAAGUCCCCUCAGUCUGCUCCUGUGGAGCACUUGCUUCAGGUGAGCACGAUGAAUGUGAAUUUACGCCUGUCCUACAACGACAUGAAGCUGUUCAUGAGCAUUCUGGACUCCGUACCUAAGCAAUCUGGAUUUAAAAAGGACGAGAGCGAACGUGUCACACUCGAUGCACGUUCAGCCUCAGAUGUGCAGACAUUACAAGGCAUGGGGUUUUCAUACGAAGACUGUCUCCGUGGCCUGCAACACUCUAGCGGAAAGGUGGAUGAGGCAGCGCUGUGGCUCACACAAAAUGCCACGGUAUUGCGGAGCAUGUCGUCGGGUGUCAACGUGCGGGCUGUGGAGUUGAAAGUGUCUACCUUCUGCCUCUGCAUCAUCGACGACUGCAUGGAUGCAGACGUGCCCUUACUUGAGAUAAACCUCAGAGAAACCUACAUUACCCAGCAGUUAUUACCGUGUUAUGGCGGAGAGUCCAAGUUCUUCUUUAGCACAGGCUACUACAACCGUUCCCUGUCUGGCUGGGAACCCAUAAUAGAGCCUUGGAGGUGUCACUGCCACUGGAAGAUGUUAUUUGAAGGGCACAAGUUGUCAAAGCUAAAUUUUAAGGUAGAAGCGGAAGACACCCUCAACCUAAACAUCACCACAGCACUACUUGACCUGUACCAUUGCGUGAAGCAGUCGUGGACUGCGGACCUGUACCAGCUCUUCUCAAAAGAGCCACUAUCGGACAAGGAAACAUUUUCGAACGGUGAAACAUCCACCAGACGUCGCUCUCCAUUCAUUCCGUUUGCACUGAAAAACGACCUUGGUUUGAAGUUCAGCUUUGCAACGGUUGUGUCAUCUGCGUGCAGUCUGAAGGAAAGUGCAGGGGACUUGCAGUUGAAGUGGACUGAGAUCAACCCUGGAGAAGUGAUCCCAUUUACAUUUCAAGAACAUGGAAAGCUGCGGCACCAGGACUCGCAUAAGUUAAGAAUGCACCAGGUCAUUCUGACGAUUAAUGGAUACCAGCAGCUUGAUCCUGUCUCAGUGGACAAAGUUGGGGUCUACUUUCGGUAUGCUGCACCCAAGGAACAGUAUCUGCACAGUGGUAUGCUUGCCCGUGUGGUCUUCAGCGUCACCUUGGAUGGAAGUGCUCGCAAAUUGGUGACUGUUCGGUCUGCACUACUUGUGAGAAACAAAAUGGAUGUGGCUAUGGAGCUGAAACUUGAGAUGUACGGAGCACGUCCCCACCAGAUGUGUCUCCAGAGCAAUUCUACUGUACCGCUGCCCCUGGCUUACGUGUACUCCGAAAUAUGGGCUCGACCCGCAUUUUCUAUGACGAGUUACGCUUCGCUGCAGUGGCAACAAACUGUGGAGCCCCAAGCCAAAGGGGGAUAUGCUACAACGUGUACACCCUUCCAUAGCAGUGGGAAGGUCUUCAGGUUCUCCGUAGGAGUGAAACACAACAGCUGCAUGGACAAGCGAGCCAUUCCCAAAUGGUGGCGUGUCUCGGACAAAGUCAUUCCGGCACACACAAUCACUUUGUUGCCCCCCAUUUGCAUCUACAACCUCCUUCCGUACGACUUGAGCUACGUCUUUACCGACAGCCCCUGCAAGGGUGUCAUAAGUCCUCGUAAAAGCUGCUUUCUCCAUGAGAUCAACACGGAGCAGUACGUGAUAAUUACAUUCUCCUUUGAGAACUUCCGCCACUGCUCCAACCUUGUGGUGCCUCCGGGAAGUGGGGCCUUCACUACGAAACUCGAGGCACGAGACGCGGAAGGCCGUCUCCUGAUUUUGCACGUGAAAGUCUGCAUUCUUCCCGGACACGCUCUAAAGCUGUACGUGUACGCUGAUUAUUGGAUCAUCAAUCGGUCUGGGCUUCCUCUGAUCUUCAAGCAAGAAGGGACCAGCACAGAGGCAGCAGGGCAACAGCCCGAGCACGAGCAGGCUAGAAGCGUGGCGCCUUUGCUGUUUUCUUUUGCAGACCCUGAUGAGUCAAUGAUGUGCAGCAUGCGCGUUGGAAUGCAGCUUCAUCCCAACAGUUUUCCGCAGUGGUGUACCGGCUUCCCAUUGGAGAAGGCCAUAAGAGUUCGCAGGCUCAUUGUGUCGCCGAACGAUGCCCGCCCCGACUGGGUUUACACAAUAGGGGUGGACGUUAAGCAGGGACGUGGAAUCUACUCCAGCACCAACUAUGUCGUAUUGUCACCUCGCUUCCUGUUGGACAAUCGUAGCAGCUCCAUAGUUGAGUUUGCGCAAAGGUUUGCAACUAUUGAGCAGUACAGCCAUCAACAUCGCUGCCACAUUUCCUCAGCAAUGCCUCAGUGCAGUCUCCCAUUUCACUGGCCUAGGGUAGACUUGGACAACCUGCUGUGCGUGCGUCUCGUUGACGUUCCGGGAUGUCUUUGGUCUGGAGGCUUUCGCAUAGACGAGCUCAACUCUUUCCACGUGCACAUGCGGGACAGGUCUGGCAAAUCCUACUUCUUACGAGUUGAGGUGAUACAGGAGCGAGCAACCUUCUUCGUUGUCUUUGCGGACUGCACUAAGAUACCGCCUCUGAUAAGAAUUGACAACCAGUCAGAAGUUCCCAUCACGUUUCACCAGACUGGAGUCAGUGAAGGACUUUUGAGAGGAGUUGUCCAGCCUCACAGUGCAGUGCCGUAUGCCUGGGAUGAACCCAUAUUGAACCCGUAUAUCACUGUGAUUGCUCCCGGGGGUAUGAGCGAGACAUAUGACAUGACAAGCUUUCGGGAAGGGAAGCACCUGUACUACGAGAAUUUCUUCUACAUCGCCUUCACUGGAACUUUUCUCGAGCCGCGUGCUUUAGUGAAGUUGCAUCCCUACUCGAAGGAUGUCAAAUGUCAAGAAUUGGUCCUGGAUGUACCUCAUGGGACAUGUGUUGUGAUAAACAAAAAGGAGCUGGGCAAAAGAUCCCAGCUGUGGCGCAUGACGUCUACCGGGAUGUUGCAGCACGAAGGGUCGAGCACUCCUCUUGACCCUCGUAGCAGCGCUGCCUCGGGCCGCAACGGCGGACGCAUGCUGGUGCUUGACAUUGCCGGUCUUGGACCCGAGCCCAAACAGUACACUGAGCUGAUGCUACGGAAGCCCGACGAGCGUCGCCGUCUCACUCAGAAGUGGACCUUCACAGAGAACGGACGUCUUUGCUGUCAGCUUCCAAACAUGUUCGUGCAGCCCAGAGACGGCUUUGUUGGUCUCAGAAGAGGAAACGACGUUGUGCUUGGGCCACCCCAGCCUGUUAUCUUCCUCGAAAUGGAGAAUGGCAUCCCGCUGGAGCAGGCCAUUAGCAACCAAAAAAUGCGAGGUGGUUCGGGCAUCCUAUCCGUGAAAGUUGUCCCUGAUGGCCCUACCAUCGUGCUCUGUGUUACAGACUUCAGACAAAAGCAAUUGGUGACAAAGACCUCUGCGGCUACUGAGUGGGUUGUUGUUGAAGAGAAAACGAACAACGGCAAGGAGCUGCGGCCCGACAUGAAACCCGACAGACCUUGCCUCGAUCUGCAGAUGCAUCUCAUUGGUGGCAUUGGUAUCUCCGUGAUCAACCACCUCAAUGAAGAACUGCUGUACGCACUGCUCCACAACAUCCUCGUGGAUGUAUCUCAGGGCCCAGGAUCUCAAUCGCUCGAUGCCAGCAUUCAAGACGUGCACGUAGACAACCAACUACGGGAUGCCGAGCGGCCCGUUGCCCUUUACGUCACGCCCUCGCACAAGAAAGACCAGCAGCGCCACCUCCCAGCAGUUCGCAUUACUGCCCACCGGAUACCUCAGAGAGACACGGACGCAGAGAUAUUCAAGCAUUUCAUUAUGGAGAUUAAAAACAUCACCUUGGUCUUGGAAGAGUUGCUGGUGCUGAAAAUAGCCCAGCUGCUUUACUUCGAUCAAAGCAGCCACUGUAAAGACUCGGAUGAGGAGAUUAUUGACAACCAAAUCCAAAGGGCACAUGCUGUGGCAUCCGCUAGUGCAGUGCGCUUUUACUUCAGCACACUGAAACUUAGCUUGCAGCAGGUGAAACUCAGCGUACUUACCAUGAGCCAGAAACCACCAGAGCUGAAGGCAAUCAAGAAGAUGAUAGGUUGGAGCCCUAUCCGAUUUGAAGAUGCUAAUGUAGAGCUAGACUCCUUUGUCAAAUCGCAUCCGUUUGAGUCGCUGGAAUUCCUCACAAAUAGUGUUAUUGAACAUUACAAAGGGGAACUUCAAAGCCAGGCUGCGAAAAUCCUGGGAAGCGUAGACUUCCUGGGGAACCCGCUUGGGCUAUUCAAUGACCUGUCAGCGGGAUUCCGAGAGUUCAUCAGUGACGGCAACACAAUGAGCCUCAUCAAGAGUGUAACCCAUGGCUUCUCCAAUUCAACUGCAAAGAUAACUGGUUCUUGGUCAGAUGGGCUCAAAAAUGUAGCAAUGACCAAGAGUCAACAGGAAGAGAGAACUCGAACUCGUCUGGAGGAUGCCAGCACCAGGACAGGACCCUUUAUAACUGGUCUCAAGGGCCUGGGCUACGGCAUCCGUGACGGGUUCACGGGCAUCGUAAAACAUUCGUACCAGGGUGCAAGCACCGAAGGUGUCCCGGGUCUCAUAACGGGCAUCGGAAAAGGAAUUCUCGGAGCGCUAGCCAUGCCUACCGCAGGAGCAUUAGACUUUGUUUCCGGUGCCGCAAGUGCCGUGCGGAACACCAGUAAGCUGAGCUCGCACAACCAUCCCAAACGGUGUAGAGCCCCACGACUAUGCUCGGGACCUGGUGGGCUACUGCCGUGCUACUCUACCACACAGGCCCUUGGGCAGCAGUUCCUCUGCAGCCUUAAUGACGGCGUCGACGAUCUGUAUGUUGCCAUGGAACAGUUGGAAACAGUCGCAGAGAGCUUCCGAGUGCUCAUAUCGACUGAACGGGUGCUUCUGCUGCUGCCCGACGACAUGACUGCAGAAAGCAUUGCACACAUGGUUCCGUACAGUAAACUCAAGUACUGCCGUAGUUUUCCGUCGUCUGCGAAAACAGGCGGCUCUGCCUUCCAAAUUGAAUUUGUUCUCUGGGCUGAUGAGCAGACCUCAUCCUUGAGUUUACAUGACCGUACCUUCAGGGUUGGCUGUGAUAGCGAGCACGUUGCCCAAAAGGUUGUGCAGCAGAUAAACUAUGCAAAGCUUGCAUACGAAGAGCGAGGUUUUACUGCUCAGGUAACAGAUAGUGAUGAAGACGAUGCCUAAGUAAUAUAUAUAUAUAUAGAUAGUGUAUUUUAUUUGAUGCAACAAAUAUAUUUUUUGGUCCCUGUAAAUAUGUACAGCCGAUAAUAAACCCCAGAUUACUGGCUCA